AUGGACGCUGACGCACUGCAUGCGCUCGUGCGCAGCUUCCUCGAAGCGAGCCAUCGGCGCAGCAACCAAGGCGACGACGACGUCGACGAUGCGAUCGUGGUCUACGUCGCGCAGGUCGUCGCCGAUCAGGACGUCGAAGCGCAGCAAGCAGCCGAGUGCAUCUGUGCGCUGAGCCCCUGCGCCGACGCGGACGACGCGCUAGCAAUGGUCCUCGACGGCCGUGCCAUCACGCGCGCCUUGGCCCACGAGAGCAACCAGCCCGCACGUUUCCACGCUGCAGUCGCACCCUCAAAAACCGUCACCAGCGAAAACAACGAGCUCGAGACGCUACAGUGGCUCAAAGAGCUCGCGCCGCAGCUGUCGCUUCGUUCGAUCGAGACCAUCUACCUCCAAGAGUGUCGUGGCGACGCGGCGCGCACGGCCGAGUAUCUAGUGACGCACUACGGAGCCGACGAGACCAAGUACCUAUCGCUCUCGACCUUGCAGGCAACGGACCUCCGCGACAAGAUCCUCACCAAGUACAGCGACGAAGAGAUCAAGGCCCCUGUCGACCCCAAGGCCAAGCCCGCCAAGGUCAAGGUCAAAGUCAAGCCGCCGCCCAAGGAGGGCCUCGUGCGCUACCUCGAAGGCAAGGUUGUGACGACCAAGGGCCACAAAUUCGUCGAGGAGAAGAAGCCAACGUACGACGGCGGGUCGCGCGGCCGCGUCAAGACCAAGGGCAAGCGCGGAAAGGGCUUUGCCGACGGCUAA